GAGCUUAGCUAUAAGCGGUAAAUUUCAAUUGACAGCCGUCAAUGAACAUGUAUUGUGCCUGCCAUUUUUUUACUGACUCAUUGAGCAGCCAUCUUUAAAAUUGAAAGCAUUCAUUUCUUGCGUUCUUGUGCCAAUUAUUACUCUUAAAAUAAGCGCGAUGAGCGACUCCAAACAAGAAUUAGGUGAAAUUUCUUCCUCUACAAAAGACGAGGCUACUCUGGCCUGUGAAAGCAAGAUGGUCAACGCUCAGAUGGGCGCUCUAACUGAGGACGCCACUCUUCCCUGCAAAAGCAAGAUGGUCAAUGCUCAGAUGGGUGCUCCAACUGGGGAUGUCACUCCGGCCUGCAACAGCGCCAUACACGCUGAGAAGAUCGCAUUCACCGACGACUUGGGGCUAGCUUCGUCUACCAAUGGUCAACCAAAGAACAACCAACGCGAGUUGGUAUUCCACGGCUGUUGCAAGAUGACGGACGAAGAGUUGUCUGAGCACUACAAAGUGGAUCAAAUGACUGACGAGGAGCUGGCUUCGGUAAACAUCGACCGCCAGGCGAUGAUUGACUCCUAUCGCGUCAUGCACGAGGUCUCAAUGCUGCGAGGAAAGCCUUCGCACACCUUGAAGAAGAAAACUGAAGAGCCCGAUUCAGUGAAGCCAAAGGAGAAACGCCAAAGCCAGAAGAGUAGCUUUUUGAACACUUUAUAAGUCUAUAUCAAUUCCCAAUGCUGAACACUCUGGUCCAGCUCCAGGCCACCGAUGACGAGUUUUUUGAAUCUUUUGUGGAGGUCUACAUGGACUGUGACUAUUAACUAUCCUAUUACAUAUUCUUCGAAACAUUAUACCUGAGCUACAAUCGCGGGCAAGCUCUCAACAGGGUGAACAAUAAAGGGUGCCAAUAAAUAGUUUGCUGCCGG